AUGUGGAACAAUACAAGUUGUUAAAAUAGAAAUUGUUCAAAUAUCCAUUAUAAAUCUUAAUGUUUGGAAGAUUAUGGAUGUUUUUAUAACAGUAUUAGUAGAAACUGUUAAUAUUUAACAGAUUGUAAUUAGCUAAAUGCAACAUCUACUUUAGAGUGUGCUUCAUAAUCAAAAUUUUGUGGAUUAUUUAAUACUUCAUCAAAAUAAUGUUAUCAUUUAACUAUUGCUUCUUGUACUUCAUAUACAGUUUAAUAAGAAUGUCUAUAUUUUGCUUAAGGAUAAUUGUGCAAAUGGAAUAAUUAAUAAUGUUAAGAUUUUAAUUGUAACUCAGUAGAAAAUUAGUCAUAGUGUGAUUUGUAUGCUUUAUAUUGUACGUGGGAUAUUAAAAAUUAAAUAUGCAUACAAGCUACUUGUGACAAUAAACAUACUUCUGAAUGCACUUUUAUUUUCUCAAAAGAUAUCAAUCAAAAUCAAUCAAUCAUAUAACCAUGUUACAUCGAUUAAUCAGAUAGACCAGCAUAAUGCAAAAAUGCUUCUUUAUCUGAUUUAUCACCUCUUACAUGUAGUUUAAAUACUUUUAGUUAUGCUAAAUGGAAUGAUGAAAGUUUAGAAAGCGGAAGUUGUUAAUUUUGUUAAGCUAAUCUAAUUAAUAUUAUUGGUCUAGCAUUAUUAAUAAUGAUUUAAUGA